AUGCACCGCCAGGGUGUGUGCCUUGCUCGGAGAGCACCUACCGCUUCCCAAUUCCGUCUCCCUUCCCCAUUCCUGACUCGCCCCGCAUCCUCCUCCGUCUCGUCACCGGGCUCCCAAAAGCGACCACCACUCCUAGGCCGCCACCGCACUGUACCCGUCGACCUCUUCCGAAUCAACGCCAGCGAGAAGGUCAUUCUGCGCGACUACACCGCCCAGAAGAAGCUAAAACGCACGUCUUAUGACCUGCAUAUUCAUGAGGAUGGCCUUGUGUACCCGAAGGAUGGACCUAACUUUGAGGGUCCCAACGGAGCUUCGGUCCGGCCAAACGGCGCGUUCCUUCAGGAGGUCGUUCGUGGGUUCCGCGGAAAGAAUACGACCAUCUGGAGGAUUCCCGCAGGCACGGACCUUCCUCCGGAUCUAGUGCUUCUCCACGAGCACACAGACCACCACUCGAUACAGUGCACGCGGCCCAUGACCCUUUCCGAGCUGAACAAAACAAUCACGGCAUUUGUGCAGAAGCAUGGGGAGAGGAUGACGAAGGAUGAGUUUUGCGAGAAGUACCCUUUCACGGUGUAG